CUUCUAUGUAUGUGACGAAAAUGAAUAAACAAAAAAACUUAUCGCUCAAUUCACAUUUAGUUUCACACUUACACAGCCAUUUCAAUACUCAAGGGUAUUUGCAAGCGGAGAAGCUUCAGUGAAAAUACAUUAAUCUUAUUAUUAUUGAUUUCUCAUCCUUAGUCGGUGUGUUUCUACAGGAUAUUGAUGGCAACAAGAUCUGUUCAACUUGUCUGCUUACUUAUUUGCUCUCAGGCCAUCAUCAAAACUGCAUCUGCAAAAGUAAAUGAAUCAUUUAAACAAGAGAAAGGCAUAGAUCAUGCAUACUUUGUCGAUAGAACAAUUGUUCAGAAUGCUUUGUCAAAAGGAGCAGUGUGCUUGGACGGAUCACCUCCUGCAUAUCAUCUUGACCGAGGAUUCGGACAUGGAGUUAGAAACUGGAUUAUUCUACUCUCAGGAGGAGCAUGGUGCAGAAACAUCACAGAUUGCCUGAACCGUUCGAAGACUGAUUUGGGUUCUUCAAAACAUAUGACGCCAUUCAUAUUUCUAGGCAUUUUCAGCAAGAGCAAAAGUGAAAAUCCAGAUUUUUACAAUUGGAACAAAGUCUUUGUUAGAUACUGUGAUGGUGGAGGGUUCACCGGAGAUAUCGAAAGCAUUGAUCCCGCUACCAAUCUUUAUUUCAGAGGUGCAAGGAUAUUUGAUGCAGUAAUUGAGGAUUUGUUAGCAAAAGGAUUAAAGGAUGCAAAGAAUGCCAUUCUUUCUGGUGGUUCUGCUAAUGGAUAUCCAGCCGUGCUAUACUGUGAUCGCUUCCACAAUUUAUUGCAUAAAGCUCAUAGAGUGAAAUGUUUGGUUGAUGCUGGUUACUUUAUCCAUGUGAAAAAUCCACGUCUAGCAAAUGUGUUUGAGUCACUCUUUAGAGAUGUGGUUACUUUACAUGGAUCUACCAAAGUGUUACCAAAAUCAUGCACUUCAAAAAUGAAACCAGAAUUGUGUUUCUUCCCAGAAAACAUACAACAAGAUAUCAAGACGCCUUUUUUUACCGUGAUGUCAGCAUUUGAUAGUUAUCAGGUGGACAAUAUUAUAGGCUCAAAUAUAGGCGACUGCAUUCGAGCCCGAAACUGCACUGAAAGUCAGAACAAUGACUUCAAAGAAUUGAGGUCGGAAUUCUUAAGUGCUUUGCCUAAACCAAAUGAUCCUAAACAAAGAGGAGCUUUCAUAGACUCUUUUAAUCGUCAUACCCAGCUUGAACUUUGGUGGAAUAAAGUCAACGCCACUCCGAUAAGUAAUCUGACUACGAUUGAGGUAUUUGGCGAUUGGUACUACGAUCGGAAAUACUCCUAUGUGAUCGAUGAUCAUGACUUGCCACUCCCUGUUUAUUUAUACAUCAACGGUACUCUCAAAUCAAGAGGAUAAUUUUGUUAUUAAUGUUUAUUUAUGUGAUAUUGCAUUUCACUGUAUGAAAUUGUUGCCAAUUUGUAAGAAUUGUUGACAAGUGUAUCACUUUAAUCAGCAACUUUUAAACUCAUACUGCUA